AUUUCUUUUCUCCCGGCCAUUUUCCCUCUCUGGCAGCGAUGUUGAGGCACUUCUCCUCUGACCUCCGUCGUCAUGUCUUGGUGAACGGACGUUACAUCUCUCCCGAAACCUUGCGUGUCGCUCGCAUAGGAAAUCUUCCAGAGGGUUACAAUCUCGCCGACGUGCUUCAGGCCUCCAAAGCCAAUUUGUCACCUCUUGAACAGAUACUCCCUGACAAGAAUCAUAUCACUUUACGCUUUUUCAAUGAAGAUCUCGCUAAGCGCUUUUGCCUCGCAAAGUCCAAUGCCCACAUGAUGGAUUCUGCGUAUGAGAGCCCGGUAGAGCUCGUCUCUGCGAAGACAGUAGCCUAUUGCGGCCUGGGGGCUUCACGCAAAGUCAAGCUUACGGCCGCAUCGCCUUUAACCAAAGAGACGACUCUUGCUGCACUCUCACAAUUUGGGGACCCCACGGUCACAGAUAUCCGACUUUACGAUGGCAGCGCUUUCAUCGACUUUGCAGAUGUAAAUACUGCUAUUAAGGCUGUCAGUUCUCCUGAGAUAGAAGGCCUUGUAGAUGCCAAGUUUGUCUAUUGCGAGACGAGCAGACAACUCAGAGUACCGUCAUUCGUUUCAAGAGCCUCUGAAAUGAGGCAUGAUGGAAGGAGGACAGUUAUUCUUAGCCAUAUCAAAAACGUUGAUAGAGUAGAGGAAGCCGUAUGGUCAGUUGUCGAGUCAAAGACGAGCGACAGAGUGCUGGAUUCCCAACUUGUCGCAGAGCAGAAAGUCAUGGUUAUCUCAUUUGCUACCGCGGCGUUUGCUGCAGAAUUCAAAGAGAAACUCAAACCCAAAGGUCUAAAGGUCAAGGUACAUUUGGUCAAGUCGCAUAUGUAUAAGGACCAGGUUUCAGCCAUUGGUAUGGGAGCGAGUCGAACUUUGCAAAUUCUCGGAGGCGGGAGCCAAGACCUAGCACAGUUCAACCAGUUUGGUCCGGUUCUGCAAACCGUCCAGAAUGACGAUGUUAUCGAAAUCACAUACAAGAGCUUCUGGGAUUCCAUGAACGCUCUGCUCAAGCUUGAGUCCGGCAAUCAUGGUGUGACUGGAUUUGACGGCGCUUCAAUAUCUUUCCCAAAGACGUCGCCUGUCACCGUUGCUCCGCCCCGAUUGCCUCCAUCAUCUGAACCCUCUCCAUCAUUAGAGGGCUUAAUGUUUGUAGCGAAGGCGGAGUCACUGAUUGCGGAGGCGCUACAAAGCGAGGCUUAAUUGAUAUAUUAGAAAGGUUUAAAAGUGCAACGGAUCCUGGAUCUCAGGGUGCUCAUCCGACAUCGGUAUAACACAUGUCAAUGUAAAGGAUUGAAGCUUCCUCAGAGUGCUUAAUAUCAAUUGAACCCUCAGGCAGAGAAGAUAUUUGAU